AUGCCCCUCUGCAUUCCCCAACCCGCUGCACCGCCCCUGUCCGGGCGCGCGCCUGUCGCGUAUGGGCCGCGCGCCGCAGCGGAGGAGAGGGCAGGCGGGGAAACCGCGAAAUGGGAGGCGAGCGCGGAGAAUGCGAGCGCUGGCGGCGGCGGCGUCAUCGACCUGAAGCGUUGGAUGGAGCAGCGGGUGCGCGCCACGGGCAUCGAGCCCUUCCCGUCGCUGCACGGCGCGUUCCCCCCGCCCUUGAGCGCGCACUCCCCCGAAUCUCCCCCCGAGUACCUCGACUCGGGGUGGAUCAGAGAACCGCCCCGCGGCAGAGAGGGCAGGGAGGGGAAGGAGGGGAGAGAGGUUAGGCAGGGGAGAGUGGGCAGAGAGGGCAAGGAGGGCAAGGAGGGGAAGGAGGGGAGGCAGGCGAAGGGAGCAAAGGAGGCGAGGGAGCUCCCUGCGAGACCGCAGGUGGCGAAGAGGGCGGGGCGCGGGGCGAGCAGCAAGUUCGCGCGGCUGUCGCACGCGGAGUGGGAGGCGCAGGCCAUGGCCAUGGUGGCGCAGAAGAAGCGCCUCCUGCUCGCCGCGCGCUCCCGGGACGAGCGGGGGGGCGCGGGGAAGGAGCGGGAGAAGAAGGACAGGCGCGCUGCAGGCGGCGGGAAGGAGGCGGGCAGUGGGGUGGCGGGGAGGGCAAGUGGCGCGGGCGGAGCGCGCGAAAGGGAGAGCGGUGCGCGCCACGUGCAGCUGCUGCCGCCGCCGCAGCUGUCAGCGCGGCCUGCGGGGGAAGAUGGGGGGGAGAGUGAGGUGGAGGGUGGGCGGGGCGAGAGCAGCGCAGCCGCCACUCCCCGCCCAUCCGCACUCCCCCUCCCCCAGCACCUCGUUUCGAGCGCCGCUGCCCCCCCGCUGUCCCCCGCAGGCAGCAGGGAAGCGGCAGAGGAGGGGAGGCUGUUAGGGGGAGGCGCAGGAGGGGCGAGAGGGGAAGGGACGGGGGAAGGGAUGGUGGGCGAGGCGGGGGAGAGGGAUGAGGAGCAAGGCGAGAGCAGCAGCAUGGUCCAUGUGUGGGCAGGCGGGCAUCGGCUGCGGGACUGGCAGGGACGCAGCGGUGCGAGGGGCGACGAGGAGGGCCAUGCACGCAGGAGUGAGGGGAUGAGUGACGGCGGUAGUGGGGAGUCGAGUGGCGGCAUGACAAGCAGCAGCGAGGGCGAGGGGUGGCAUGCGUCCGCCUUGAUGCAGCUGGGUGGUGUGGCGGGUGGGGCCGUGCGGGUGACGGAGCCGGCGUCGAGGAGGGAGGCGGUGCGGAGGGGGCGGCAGGCGGCGCUGGUGGCGUGUCUGCUGGAGGAGGGCUUCCGCCCGCCCGACCUGCUGCGCUUCGCCUCCACCCGCCGCGCCUUGCUCACUACGUCCCCCACUCUGGCACAGGAGCGCAUGGCCUAUCUGCGGGCCAUCGGGCUGCCAGCCGCUGAUGUGCCGCGCCUCGUAGCGCGCUGCCCCAAGCUGCUCACCUACCGCGUCGACACGCGCAUGGCGCCACGUGUCGACUUCCUAAUGGCCCUUGGCGUGCCACCAGACCGCGUGGCACGUGUGAUCCAGCUGGCACCCGGCAUCUUCGAGUGCAGUGUGGACCGUGCCAUCCGCCCGCGCAUCCGCUUCCUACAGAAUGCGCUGCAGCUGAGCGACGAGGACGUGGUGAAGGUGGUGCUGCGCAGCCCGCAGGUGCUCACUCAGAGCGUGCAGAGCGGCCUCGUGCCACGCCUCCACUACUUCCUGCACGACCUCGCGCUGCCCCUUCCCUCCCUCGCCUCCAUGGUCGUGCGCCAUCCACAGCUGCUGCACUACUCAUUGGACGACGCCGUGCGCCCGCGGGUGGCAUUCCUCAGAAGCAUCGGCCUCUCCAGCCGGGAUGUCGCACACGUGCUCUUCCGCCUGCCCCAGAUUCUCUCCCUCUCAGUGCCCAACUGCCUGGCGCCCAAGUACGACUACCUCAUCCACCACCUGGGCGGCUCGCCCAACUCCAUAGUCUCCUUCCCCGCCUACUUCUCCCUCUCCCUGCACGCCCGCAUCCGCCCGCGCCACCUCUUCUACCUGCAUUGCAGAGCCGCCUCCGCUCCCACCGAUGCCCCUCCUCAGCUGCUGUCUUCUCUUUCCUUGCCACCUGCCCACGACCCUUCCGCCUCACCCCGUGCUGCCACCUCUUCAUCUCCUGCCACUCCCACCUCCCUUCCCGCGCUGCCACUGCCCACAGACGCGUCUCUCAUGCCACCACCGCCGGCCCCGCACCCAGCCCAACCCGCCCACCCCUUCGCCUUUCUCUCAUCCGCCCGGCCCUUCUCGGAGCCCUCCUCUCCGCCUCCCCCACCCCAAGCGCCGCUGCCGUCCACAGCCUUCCCGCUGAGCCUGCUGACCCCCACGGACGAGGCCUUCUGCAGGCGCCUGGGGCUGCCCAACGACCGCGAGUACCAGGCCUUCAAACUCGCCCUCACCUCCUCUGCUGCUCCUACGCCUCAGGCAACUCAGGCUCCACUCGUGCAUGCUUCUGCUGCACUGCUGUCUGCAGAAGUUCAACCGGCAGCAGGGGUGUUGAGGAGAGGGAAAGGAGGGCCAGUCUCACAUCUGACAUCACCUGCCGGAGGAGAAAGCACAAGAGAAUCGACGGUCCAAGGGAGUUGA